CGUCUGUGCGGUCGUGGUGCGCUCGUCACUGGAGAUUUCGCCAUGAAGCUCAUCAUCUGUAUUGUGCUGGCUGUGGCAGCGGUCGUGGCUGCCGAUGAGGGCUUCUACCCGCAGUCUGCCCAGUCGGCCCCCGACUCCCACGCAUACUACAACAAUUACGAGCCAGAAUUGCCCAAACGCAACGGCUGGCUGGAUCGUCUAUUUGGCUCUAAUCGGCGCCAGGGACUGGCAGGUCUUCUCGGAGGACUGGGUGGAAUCGGUGCCGCCGGUCCCAUCAUCGCCGUGGUCGCUGUUGUCAUCGUGGUCGCAGUGGGACUGACCGCGCUUAACACCGUCAUCAGCAACAUCAACUCGUCUGGCCGAGAUCUGGGCACUGACGAUUGGGAGAUCAACCACUCCGUCUGGAUGGACCAGCUGCAACAGGAAUUUGAAGACUCGUGGGAGACGCAUAAGCUCAUGUAACUGGGGCAUGCGUCAUUUGCGAAUCUUGUCAUACGUGUUCAGUGUGUUCAUCGUGAUUGAGGGCUGUGUCCUGACCCCGCUUAUCCGUAAUAUUCUUGCUCCCGAACAGACUGUCGGAGGUUUUGGUUGUGAAAACUUUCGAUACGCAACGCGCUCAGAUGAAUGUUCACUACUGCGAUGGGGGAAAGAAACAACAGGGAGCUAGUGUUUCUUCCGUUAGAAUGUUAGCGUGCAUGAUUCCGAUGUACCAGAGUUGUCAUGAUGCAUGCGUAGAUAAAAAGGUCCUAUUUUGUUGCCGUUUGUCUGUCGAUACCUACGUUUUGGUGCGCAGCUCGAACUGCAUCAUAUAGAAAAUUUGAUUUUUAAGUAUGGGUAGUCUGUGCUUUACACGCUGCUACCGGGUCUCAGCCCUUAUUUUUGUUGAUAUAUGCGCCGAUGCCAUGUUUCGUUGAUAUUCAUCGAGUGACCUCGUGCCGUCGUGCGUUGUAUCUGAGAGAGACAGCGGAUAACGCGGACCAAACUUUCUGAAACUCGUAGGUGUUCAACUCGAGUGUGUGUGUAUACAUUUGGCUUCAUGACGUCUUCAGGGCCGAACUCAUCGGCGACCGCAUCCCCUGUAUGGGCUUAAGUAUCCUUAAUUUUUUGUUGACUGCGACGGAACAGUGCGCUGUAUCACAACCAAACUUCGCAAAGCUUCCAAGGAAAAAACCAACGUUUGUUGACUUCGCCAGAUGCUCGUGGUAGUUGAAAAAUUUGACAUCGUCCAUAAAGGUUGGCAAGACUUCUUGUACGGCUGUAGCGGCAGGUCCCACAUAAGAAAGGUGGCCGCCCAGUAUGGCCA